GAUCAAUACUUGUGAGAGUAGACUUUAUCAUAAUAUUGCACAAAGUGUCCCAAAUGGAACCAGUUGAUAUUGAUGGCGUCAUCCAACAAGGAGUGAAUUUCGCGCCUCCCCCUUACCCCUUAUAUCCUUAUCCUCUUACUCAGACAGCAGCCAAUCAACAGCCUCUGCUCAUUGUGUACAAACAAAACAUCGUGCGCCCUGCGGCCUUUAAAUACUCCUGCAGCCCAGUGAUGACCAGAUCAGACCAGAGGCAGACAGCAACCACAGCACCCCCCACCCCACCCCCCAAAAACUACACUAAGACUUAUACCACCAGAACCUUUAGAAGGAUGGACUCCAUCAGACGUAGAGAUUCGGUUUGCAGGAGUCUGUUUGGCCCGGUGGACCACGAGCAGCUGCGCAGGGACCUGAAGCUGAGGCUGAAGGAGAUCGCUGAGGAGGACAGCCGCCGCUGGAACUUUAACUUCCAGACUGACACGCCGCUGCCCGGCAGGUUUGAGUGGGAGGAAAUACCCACAGACCGCGCUGCUGCUCUCUAUCAGGAUUCCGCACCGCUGCAGGACGCUGUCUGCUCCUCAAAUACCGAGGAGGAAGACGACAGACUGAGCGACCGUGAGGGCGGCGCAGAGACCGACCAGGAAAACUGUUCCCGCAUCUCCAACACUCACAAAUGUCCCGCUGAAGUGACGCCCGUCCGGAGGAAGAGGAAACUCACCAAACCGGCAGCCAAGCCCGGAAACAACGCACGAAUCACAGAUUUUUUCACAAAAAGGAGGAGGACGACAGAAACCAAGAGCAUCCUGAAUCCUUUAAACACAAGUUCCAGUGAGGCAGCUCUGUGCAAAACAAUAAGAUAAAAAACUUCUUCUACUGACAAGAAACUAUUUAUACAUUUUCAUGGACUGGUCCAAGGCCUAUUCACUGCACCAAAGGGAUUUAUUUCAUUUCAUUUUAUUUUAUUUUCAGUUUUAGUAUUUGUGCCUGGCAUGAAAUUAUACAAUUUUGUGUUAUUUAUUUUAUUUAUGGACUAUUUUUAAUUUAAUGACUUUUCAUUUUCUUCACCAAUAAUGUCACAAAUGUGUUUGUUAACUUAUCAAGAUGGGUUUUUUCAGCAUUAUUGUGUUGUGAUCAAAAACAUUUAAAUGACUGUGUGUUUCUAUGUAUUUCAUCUUGUUGUCAACCUUCUUGAUGGAUUAAUGUGAUGUUCUGAGCUGCUUCUGUUAAGUAUAUUUUGAAAAAGCACUAUUUUGUCCUAAAUUAAAUGAGAUGCAGAUCACAAAGAUUGUAAAUGCCUACAAAUAUUGCAAUUUUAAUAAACUGUUAUUGUUACUGCAUUUUCAGCAGUCUGCUUGGGGAAUCUUUACUUUUACAUAUAGUACACAGAAACUUUUCAUAUGCAGACAAAAACAUGAUCAU